AUGGUAAGAUGCUCCAUAAACGAAGACGAAGGAAAAGCCAAGAAGACGCGCAAGUUUGCCGCUGUGAAGCGCAUGAUCAGUCCUCGCGACACGCGCAUCAACUCGGUGCGGAAGGCGGUUGCUAAAUCGGAGGAGAAGAAGCGCAAGGCUGCGGAGCCUAAGCAAAUUGACCAGAUCCCGUCAAAUAUGUUUUUCAAGUACAAUUCAGCUCUGGGUCCACCGUACAGUGUCAUCGUGGAUACAAACUUCAUCAAUUUUUCUAUCAAGAACAAGCUCGAGGUCGUCUCGGCCAUGAUGGACUGCCUGCUCGCCAAGUGCACCCCUUGUAUCACGGACUGCGUGAUGGCAGAGUUAGAAAAGCUAGGUCAAAAGUACCGCGUGGCACUGCGACUAGCAAAGGAUCCGCGUUUUGAACGACUGCCUUGCACACACAAGGGCACGUAUGCCGAUGAUUGUCUGCUGCAGCGUGUGCAGCAGCAUCGUUGCUAUGUCAUUGCGACGUGUGAUCGUGAGCUCAAGCGACGUAUCCGUAAGGUUCCUGGUGUGCCUAUCAUGUAUAUAUCUAACCGCAAAUUUGUGAUUGAGCGGCUUCCAGAGGCCAACGCCGCCAAGAUCAAGUAG